AUGCAAGCUUCCACCACCGAUGAGCUGCCUCCCCUUUCCAACGAUGACAUCGAACUCCUCUACGAGAUCGUCACGGAGGCGCAAGACCUCCCAGGGCCACCAUUCCACGCCCUGUAUGCGGCCUACGAGACCGUCCUCGCGCGCCACGGCCUCGCCACCGAUCAUGACCGCAUCCUCAUCCGCUUUAUUUUUCAUAUGCAAGACGGUCCACGGGAAGGGGGGGAUCUAUUCGCGCAUUUCCAGGCGAAGCUGGCGCGCAUGGGGAUCGAAAUCGAGGUUGACAGAGAAGGAGAGGGAGUCGAGGAUAUCACGCGCAAUCUCGACCACCAAGGCCUCAACGGAUAUGCCAGUGCAUCGCAGCAGGCGAGAAGAGCACCAUCUAGGCGCGCGUCGUUUAAUUCCAUGUACGAUGCGACACACUAUAGCGAGGACAAUAAUGCAGCCGCCCGGAGGCGCCUGUCGACUUACGGGAACGGCGUCGAGAGACCGUCGAGUCGCGCGACGGAUCAGGGUGUGGCAGGGCGCGCGCGAUCGCAUUCACGGUCGAGAGCGCUGCCGCCAUUACCGAUUAGGGGCCGGGUGAGCCAAAGGGCCGUGUCUGAUACUUUGGCAUACCGACCGAAGCGAUCUGGAUCCGUGUCUAGCCAGGGCAGUUUGAGGAUUAGGAGAAACCCCGAAAACCCGCUCUCGCAACUACAUGACAGCUAUUCUGCAGACGAGUCCGAGGGCUCAAUUGCGCCAGUUCGAAACCACAGUCAGUACCCACACCAAAAUCAAGGACGACAAUUUGUGCCACCAGAGAUUGUAUACAGGCCUACAGAAGCCGAAAUGCUGGAUUGGGCCAAUACAUUCCUGUACGAUCGAACGAAGAUUAACGCGCGCAGAUGCUUUCAGCAGUGGCGCGACGCAACUUCACAGGCCCGUGAAGAUGAGGAGAAUCUUGAACUGAAGGCUAUUUCAUACCACCGCACCUGGAUAGUUCGACGUGCUUUCGAAGAGUGGCACUCUGGACUCAAAGCCAAGCAACAGAAAAAGGAGACAGAGCGCUUCUGGAACCGCCAAGAGAGCCGAGCCGGUAGGACGUACAAUUUAUUCUUGCUCUCAAAAGCGUUCUCGCACUGGGCUCAAUGCGCUUCGGACGAGGUGAAGCGAACAUCUGAGGCGCGAAGACACAUUCUACGCACCAAAUACUUCAAGGCGUGGCGCGAGAUCACGGCUGUGAAUGAGUUCAAGGUCCGAAGAGUAGGUCUGCGCAAAUUCUUCGGCAUAUGGCGAAAGAGGACAGCCGCCAUCAAAGAGCAGAAUGUGCAGGCUCUCGCUGUCUAUCAGGAGAACGUAGUGUACCGCCAUUACCAACGUUGGAGCUGGCAAUUCUUCGAGCGUCGAGCUCCGUGGUGGUAUGCAGGAAGGCUCAAGAAGUCAUUCUUCCUCAGAUGGGCUAGUAUCACAAGAUUGCUGCAAGAAAGAGAGGUUUUCGUUGAGCAGAUCAGAGUUCAUGAUGUCCAGAGGAAAACACUUCGAGAAUGGAGCGAAAAGACAGCCGCCGUAAGGGGACUGGAGCCUUUGCAGAGAAACUUCAGAGCCAAAGCACUUCUUUCCACAGCCUUCCGUUCGUUGCGGAAACAAGCUCAACUGAAGCCUUUAUUCGCCCAAGUAUCGCAACAGAAGGAUAACAGACUGGCCAGAUCUGCCCUACAAACAUGGCAUCUCCAGACGAAGCUUUCGCGACAAGCUACGGCCAUAAAUCAACAGCGCAUCAUACGCAAUGCUUUGACGGCUUGGAAUGAUCACCUACGCUGUCAGAUAUUGACCUCACGAAUUAACGACCGGUUGGUAGUACAGGUGCUAUACAAGUGGCUCCUAGAAUCCAGAGCUUCCUUGUUCAUUCGAGUUCGCAAUACUCGACUGAAACGAUCUACAUUCACUCAAUGGAUAGCCAAAGCACAAGACCAACGCCGAAGACUGGACACCGCAGAGCAAAACUUCACUGUCGACCGUACCAUAAGUCUUAUGCGAGGCUGCCUCACCAAACUCAGAGACACCGCUAGACUCCGUCAAAACCAGAGCGCGCUUGCACUGUCUUUAUACGACCCCAAGAUUGUCCAGCGUGCCUUCAACACGUUACUUGACCAUCACGACCACAUUGUUCAGCUGAACCAAGAUGCCGAACGUGCCAACUACUACGUCACCACCAAGCAUGCUAUCAGACACUGGCGCAACGCUACGCAGCACUCCCGUAUUCAGCGAGAAGAAGAAGAAGCCAUCGCCCGCCGUAUCCAGCGCCGCGAAGCAUACGUCCAAGUGCGCCGCGACACCAAAAUGGGGCUUACCAGGCGUAUGCUCGGGAAAUGGCGAGACCGUACCGCUCAGCUAGCUGUGCAAGAGCGGCAAGCGGCAGAGAUGCGCGAGAACUGGCUCUGGAGAGACGCCACUGCGCUCUUUGGUAGCUGGCAUGGCCGCAGCAACGAGAUCCUCUCGCUCGAGCACCAGGCUGAGCGCUUCCGCGUUCAGAAGCUAUUGACCCACGCAUUUGCAACCUGGACAGAGCGAUAUCGACACGUCCAAGAAUUAGAAACUCAGGCCGUUGCUUUGAAAGCGGAAAGCCAGGCUGUAGGCGCUGCGACAUGUCUCAAGAAGCUCCGCUGGCGUAUCUUCCAGCUCCAACGACAGGAGGACAGCGCCAUUGCGCUGCAGAGACGGAAUUGGGAGAAGCAUGUUAAAGCCAUGGUCAGAUUCUGGAGCGAGCAGGCCAGAGAACGAGAAGCGCAGAGAGCGGUCUCACCUAGCCCUAGGCCAGGUCGAAGACCUGCCCCUACUACUGGGGAGGGCGAGGGCGUUGAAGAGCAGGAAAUUGGCGAGGAAACUAUCGCGCGCGGGGAAAAUUGGACUGCGUUCGACGAAGGCGCGUUCCUUAGUGGCGCGGAUCUCAAUCUCAGCCUCUCUUUUUCGCCUGAUCAAGUGGGCGGUGGACUUACUGCCGCAUCUACGGGCCUACGCCCCUCUAUCCGUAAUCUGGACGUGGAGCAGCGGGAGCUCGAGACUGAGAUCGCGGACCAGGAACCUGAAGUCGAGUCGGAGAGGCCUUUCUUGACCUCGACCCCGGGAUACCUCCGUACACCAUCGAAACGCAAUACAGCCCGUGCCUUGGCGAGAGGACGACUGCUCGGUUUUGGCGGUGGUAGUGCGGCGUUCAACCCAGCCUUCGGCGCCGCGAGCGCGCCGCCUGCUUCCAGAGGCGGCCUAGGAGAUGAGGAAAGAGGUCCUAUCGGAGGUAUCACAUCCUUUGAGCGGCGACUGAGAGCGCAAGGGAUUGGUGGCCGUCGUGGCUCAGCGGUCAGACCGAGAGGACGAGGACGUGUCGGGUUUGAGGAUAUCGUCGAGGAGGGGAGAUGAUGGCUUCACGACUCUUUUGGAUCAAACGGUCUUUU